AUGCCUGCUACCACCACCGAUACCUUCUCCCUCGUCACCACAACCGUUACCGUCGCUCCCUUAGUUCUCCUCUCAGUCGCAGAUCACUAUGGCCGUUCAGCAAAGGGGACCAGAAAGCGAGUGGUUGGUGUGCUACUAGGACAAAAUGACGGAAAGACGGUCCGCGUGUCGAACAGUUUUGCAGUGCCCUUCGAGGAAGAUGAGAAGGAUCCCUCUGUCUGGUUUUUAGACCAUAACUUUGUCGAAUCGAUGAACGACAUGUUCAAGAAGAUUAACGCCCGCGAGAAGCUGAUUGGAUGGUAUCACUCUGGCCCGAAGUUGAGAGCAUCAGAUCUCGAGAUCAACGAGCUUUUUAAACGAUACAACCCAAAUCCUCUACUUGUCAUCAUUGACGUCCAGCCAAAGGAAGUCGGCGUGCCUACCGAUGCAUACUUUGCGGUCGAAGAGAUUAAAGAUGACGGAACAACAACAUCCAAAACCUUCGUUCACACUCCUUCAAUAAUAGAAGCAGAGGAGGCUGAGGAAAUAGGUGUUGAGCACCUUCUACGAGAUAUCAGAGAUGUCGCAGUCGGAACCCUGUCCACCAGAAUAACUUCACAACUCCAAUCCCUACAAGGUCUUCACCUAAGACUUCGAGAUAUUGGCCAGUACCUACAGAAAGUGCUUGACAGAGACCUCCCCGUCAACCACGCCAUCCUCGGCCACCUUCAAGACGUAUUCAAUCUUCUACCCAACCUAGCAACCGCCAAGCCAGGCUCGUCCGCAGGUGCCAAUGGCGCAGAGCAGCAAAUCGAGAACACCGAGCUUGCGCGGGCCAUGAACAUCAAGACAAAUGACCAGCUUAUGUCUAUCUACAUCAGUAGUUUGAUCAGGGCCAUAACCGCCUUCCAUGAUUUGAUAGAAAAUAAGAUCCAGAACCGUCAACAGCAGGAGGAGAGAGAGGCCAAGAAGGAAGAAGGCAAAGAAGAGAAGAACGGUGCUAACGCCAAUAAUGAACAUAAGAAAUCGGGCUCUGCACCCGGCGCGGACUCGAAGGAUGAGUCCGCAGGCUCAAAUGAUAAGGGCAAGAAGAAGGGAUAA